ACCAUCCCCGGCCAUCCUCGGAUUCACUAUAUCCCAUCACUUAGAAGGAUAUUCACAAUCCGAUUCAAAGCUAGUGUCGCUGUUGAAGGAAUCAUUUUAUGUCGACGAUCUCGUGACGGGCGACGAAAGCGUCGAUGAGUCUUUUCACAUUUACAAACGGUCGAAGCAAAUAAUGGCAGAAGGGGGUUUCAACUUACGCAAAUGGAACUCCAAUUCGCAAGCACUUAUGAAUCAAAUCGAGACGCACGAACUUGCCAAAGGGGGAGAUGAACGAUCUAAAAUUGACAAGGCGACUCAAGAUCAACGAGGGGUUUCUUCCCAUACUUCAGAAGAAGAUGAGCCGUACGCGAAAUUGACGACUGGGCACAAUGCAAUCGACCCCUCCGAUGGUGGCGUGAAGGUUCUCGGAUCCAACUGGGACACAAAGGCCGACGAAUUGUUUUUCAACUUCGACAAAUGGAAGGAAGACGCCUCCUCCAUUCCCGCGACAAAACGGUCGUUACUCGGGCUUACGGCCAAGAUAUUUGAUCCGUUGGGUUUCCUUGCCCCCCUUACCAUUUCGAUGAAAAUCGUUUUCCAGAUUUUAUGCACGAACAAAGUCGAUUGGGACGAAACCCUCACUG